GUCUCUCUCCUCCCCAGGAGCACAGUCCUGAAGGUCACGAGCCCUGACAGUGUCAAGAAGUCUCCCACUCCCACUCCCACUCCCAAACCUCAUACUCUCCACAGCUGCAGAGGGAGGAGUGGUCACUGGUUACCGCAAACCCACCAGCGGGGUCCGCAACCGCUCGGCCUCGCGGCCCCACCCCUCCCUCCGCAGCCAAUCAGCGGGGCCGCUCGCCCGAGCGUCUGCUCUCGGGUCUGGCCGCUCCUCUCCCGCCACCGUCCCUUCCCGGGAGACUGCCCGGCUUGCGAAGGGAUUCCCAGGAAUCGCCCCCUUCCCUUGGGGCGCGGCUGAAGACCGAGAGGCGCGCCCGAGGACGGGAAAACGCUCUGAGACUGAUUCUUAGACUGAGACUCAAGGAUCAGCUCUGCCCUCAAACCAUUUUACAGAUGGGGAGACGCGAGACUCAGAGAGGGUAAACUCCCGCUCAAGGUUACCCCGAGAGCAGAAGCCUGGGCUAGGGUUUUCUCUGCGGAGGUGGGAAUGCACGAGCUGGGGCCGGAGCCUGGGCACUAACGGUACUGGCCCGGACGCUAUCCAACUCCUCGCUGCCUCAGUUUCCCUAGCACCACUUUUGGUGAUGGCCGGGAGACGGGCAACUGGCUCAACGCAAGCCUUCCGAGACACAGUCUGAUUGUCCUUAGACUCUGUCCGCGCUUCCCCAAGCCGAGGCUCCUUUCCGCGCGCUACCUCCCAGGUCUUUAAAAUCCGUUCUUCCCGUCCGAGCCUCUCGGCGUUCUACUGGAAAGAUCAGAGCUCCUUGCCUCCUUCUCUGGAAUGAACUGCUCAGCCUGCAGCCAGAGCGGUCCUGGAGCUGUAACUGCGCAGGCGCAAAGGCAGCCAAUCCGGAAGACGGAAGAGCCGAGACCCCACCGCGUUAGAAGAGUUGGGGGCGGAGAGUGUGUUAACCAAUGACUAAAAGGAUCAGGGAGGGCGGGAUCAGGCCCGCUGUUGCUAAACUUUACCUGAGUAGGGGGUGGUUUAAGAGAUGGAGUGAGGGAAGGUUCAACGGCCUUUCACGUCACCAUCCUUCUGACCCGCGGAAGUUCAGCAGUGGAGAGGCGGGCCUAGAACCGGAAGCAAGAAGGAGGGCGCAGGAAGCAGGGCGCUUCAGCUAGUCGUACUGUCGGUCAGUGGAUCUGUCUAUCCCGAGGGCAGGAUGGAAAAGCUGCGGCUCCUGAGCCUCCGCUACCAGGAGUAUGUGACUCGUCACCCGGCCGCUACGGCGCAGCUGGAGACGGCGGUGCGGGGCCUCAGUUACCUGCUGGCAGGUCGCUUCGCCGAUUCCCACGAGCUGUCGGAGCUGGUGUUCUCUGCCUCUAACCUGCUUGUGCUGCUCAAUGACGGGAUCCUACGGAAGGAGCUUCGGAAAAAGUUGCCUGUGUCGCUGUCCCAGCAGAAGCUGCUGACAUGGCUGAGCGUGCUGGAGUGUGUGGAAGUGUUCAUGGAGAUGGGGGCUGCCAAGGUGUGGGGCGAAGUGGGCCAUUGGCUUGUCAUCGCUCUCAUCCAGCUGGCCAAGGCUGUGCUGCGGAUGCUUCUGCUGAUCUGGUUCAAGGCCGGCCUCCAGACCUCUCCCCCCAUUAUUCCGCUGGACAGGGAGACCCAGGCACGGCCCGCGGAUGGUGACCACAGUCCCGGCAGCCAGGAGCAGUCAUACGUGGGGAAGCGGUCAAACCGAGUGGUGCGAACCCUCCAGAACACUCCAUCCCUGCACUCAAGGCACUGGGGAGCCCCCCAGCAGCGGAAGGCACGGCAGCAUCUGCACCGUGAGGAGCUGAGCUUCACCCCAACCCCGCUGGGGCUGCAGGAGACCAUCGCGGAGUCCUUGUAUAUUGCCCGGCCCCUGCUGCACUUGCUCAGCCUGGGCCUCUGGGGCCAGCGGUCAUGGACACCCUGGCUCCUGUCUGGUGUUGUCGACGUAACCAGCCUGAGCCUCCUGAGCGACAGAAAGGACCUGACCCGGAGGGAGCGGCUGGAGCUGCGGCGCCGGACCAUCCUGCUGCUCUACUACCUGCUGCGCUCCCCGUUCUACGACCGCUACUCCGAGGACCCAGUCCCCAACUCAGCCUGCCUCCCAUUUAUCUCCUCUGUCCAGGGUGAGGAUCCUCUUUCUGCUCCGGCUGCUGGCAGACCAUGUCCCCGGCAUUGGCCUGAUCACAAGGCCACUCAUGGAUUACUUGCCUGCCUGGCAGAAAAUUUAUUUCUACAAUUGGGGCUGACAGAUGUCCUGGGGGUGGGGUGCAGGGAGGGGCUGCUGUGGGCAGGGGAUGGCUCAGCCCUUCAGUCCCCGAGCCCCUCUUCCAUAAUAAAACUGACUCUGGCAGUGUCCGAGCCUGUUGCCUCUGUGCCCCCGCCCAGGGCACCUGGCACCUGCCACCCUGACUGGGCUCUCACGCCACCCUGAUCCCAACCCGUGCCCCUAAUGCCCUUUGGACUUAGACUGGCAGGUGGUGGGGCACUGCAGCCCCCGCCUGUCCCUGGGUCAGGAAGCCGCCACUGGGACUGGCCUCCCGGUUCCUUUGGCAGCAGAAAGUUGUGUGUUAACACCGGCUCCUUGAGCAUGAGAAGCAGGGCUGCUUGCCUUUGGAGCUGCAGAAGCAAACUCAGCUUCUCUCUCUCACUGGUCCAUGUUGAAGACAGACAAGGCUGAACCUAGACAAGGGGGUGGCAGCUGCCCAGUGUCUUCUGGCAGCCUCCGUCUGUCCCUUCCCCCACUGCAGGGCCUGCUGCUCCUGUAGCGUCAGGCUGCGGCUGCCCAGGGUGGAGCCUGGUGAAUGCUGGGCCUAGUUCCAGGGCAGAGGGCACCCCAAGCCCUUAACCUCAAGUUGAGAGCAAAAGGCUCUGGUCGGAAAAGAAUGUCAAGCACCAGCCAGGAUUCGGGCCCCAGAUGCUCUGGCAGGAAGCUGGGGGCAGGUUUGGAGGGGGUGCGCUGGGGCCUCCGCCCACCCUGCUGGCUCCCUCCUUCCCGGUGGCAGUGGCCCACGCAGGCCCACAGACUGAUCUCUUGCUGUGGCAUCUUUCCCCUUCCUCAACCACUGCCCAUGCUCCCUUAACCCUGUGCACAGAGCCAUACCUCUCCUUUGGGGUCUCUAACCAAGCGGGUGGCCCCUCAAGUUCUGAGAGCCUCAUGAGCUGUACCUCCAUCCUCUGUGCCUUACCCUCCUCCAGACACCCUGUGGGCGGGGAUGACAGCCUCUGGGAGAGGUCAGCCUUACCCUGACAUCUCCUUUUCCCCAGGGCCUUUUCAAGGCCCCACCCAGGUCCUGCGGUCAGGAACAAAUAUACUGACCCACAGGGCAGGGGAAGGGGCAGGACUUCCAGGCAGGACCCAGAGCUCUGGGUCCUAAGACCUUCAAUUUAGUUCAAAAGCGUUGCUAGGCACCAGCCCCACUGCAAGCUCUGUGCCCUGGGCUGUAUACAAAAAUGAGUAAGGCUCUCACCAGUUAGUGGAGGAGAUGGAUGUGAAUGCACGUGGUACACUGGGGUCCUUGCAAUAGGUGGAAGUGUGUACACAACGUAGGGUGGUGGUGAUUGCCUGGGGUGACCUGGAAGGGGACUGAGGGGACUCAUGGGGAAGCCCUCACUCAAAGCAGGCUGUCAGAGGAUUAGCAGGUUUUCGAUUGGCAGACUGGGAAGGGAGGUCUCAUGUGGAGCCCGCAGCCAGCGUGUGAGGAGCGAGCACUUAGACCUGACGGGAGCUGAUGGGCUGAGGCUGCAGAGGAGGGUCAGGGCCAAGCCGAAAGGGGCAUCACGUGCCCACUGCAGAAACAUGGGGCUGGUCUGUAGCAGGCAGAGGGGAAGAA